AUGGCAAAUAGACAAGCGUCUUCCCUCACCUCGUUUGAUACGGGUUACAGUGCCGAUUCCACUGAAUUCUGUCCGUUUCCGGGAUAUGAGCAAUAUUUAGCUUGUGGCACAUACCAGUUGGCCGAUGAUAACGAUACCAAAGUACGCAGAGGAAAGUUGUAUCUCUUCACGGUCGAUUCGAAUGCCGAUACAUCUUUGACCCAGCAGCAGACACUAAUUACACCCGCCAUUCUCGACAUGAAAUGGUCUCACGCUCUCAUUGGAGAUCAACCUACAUUGGGCGUGGUCGAUUCUGUCGGUGGUUUGCAGUUGUAUAGUUUCAACACCGAAAAAAGGCUGGCACCUAUAUACCAUCUCCAAGUGACUGAAGAUACACAGAUAUUGGCAUUAUCUCUUGACUGGGCAAGCCGGGUCGAUCGUAGCUGUCGUGACGUAGUGAUUUCCCACUCGGACGGAUUUCUUUCCAUUGUUGCACCCACCGAAUCGCAAUGGAUUAGACAGCAGCACUGGCAGGCCCAUGAUCUGGAAGCAUGGAUCGCAGCGUAUGAUUAUUGGAAUACAAAUAUUGUCUAUAGCGGAGCGGAUGACUGUCUUUUCAAAGGAUGGGAUACUCGAUCUGAAAAUCAAAUAUUCCAAAAACGGCAUAUGAUGGGCGUUACAACCAUGCAGUCCUCACCACUACGGGAACACGUGUUAGCGACAGGAAGCUACGAUGAAAAUAUCAGUCUAUGGGACACACGAUCCAUGCGUCGCCCUGUCUCUACUAUUCAAACAGAAGGCGGUGGUAUCUGGCGUCUAAAAUGGCAUCCAACCGAAGCAAACAAAUUAUUGUCGGCCUCUAUGCAUGCUGGAGCCUUUGUUAUUGACGUUGACGCUGAGCUGAAUCCUUCCAUUACUACCUCGUUUCUGGAUCAUACAUCAAUGGCUUAUGGCGCAGACUGGUCGUAUGCACCAAACAGUCAUCUUGUAGCUUCUUGUUCUUUUUACGAUCAUGUCAUGCAUUUGUGGGACGCGGAUCGUUGGUAG